AUGGCUGCCGCUACGACAAAUGGCGAGUCGUCUGCGGCUCUAGACGAGUUGAAGCCUCCUUCCGGCGUUGUCCUUCCUCCACGCGAAAUACGCAAUAUUCUGGAAAAGACUGCUGGUUACGUCGCAAGAAACGGCGCCAUAUUCGAGGAUCGCAUUCGAGAUAAGGAGUCAGCAAAUCCGAAAUUCAGCUUUUUGAACCCCGACGACGCGUACCAUGCAUUUUAUCAAUGGCGACUGGCCGAAGUAAAAUCUGGGAGAGGGACGGAUGUCGCCGCCGGCCGCGCAGGCGAAGCCGCUGCGGAACCAGAGAAGCCAAAAGGGCCCCCAAAGCCUCCCGACUUUGAAUUCUCUGCGCGCAUGCCUCGUAUUAACCAGAAGGAUUUGGAGGUCAUUCGUCUGACGGCAUUAUUCGUCGCCAAGAAUGGACGGCAAUUCAUGACCCAACUGGCCCAGCGAGAGACUGGCAACCCGCAGUUCCAGUUUCUUAUCCCAAACCACACGUUUCACAAUUUCUUCCAGCACCUCAUUGAUCAGUACACCACACUCAUACGAGCUGCCGGGCUUGACGGCGAGGGCGGCAAGCUUCAGGAAGAGAAAACCGCCGAGCUGGAGCGCAACGUCAAAGACAAGUAUUGUGUGUUGACUCGGGCUAGGCAACGAGCUGAUUACGCCAAAUUUCAGGAAUUGGAACGUCAGAAGAAGGAGGAGGAAGAGGAAAAGAAAAAGGAAGAAUUUUCGCGCAUCGACUGGGGCGACUUUGUCGUGGUUGAGACUAUCACCUUUACCGAAGCGGACGAGACGGCAAACCUACCACCUCCGACCAACCUGUCCGAGCUCCAGUAUGCCUCUCUCGAAGACAGAAACAAGGCCUCACUAAGCAUGCUACGUAUUGAAGAAGCCAUGCCUGGUGAAGAAUUCAGUGUUGGGAGCGGCCCUGCUGUUAUACCAUAUGCACCUUCACCCGUUCCCCCUCAGCCAAGUUAUGGUGCACAGCAACCCGCACAAACUUAUCCUCAACCGGGCCAGAUGCCUGCCGUGCAAGCACCCCCCAACGGCUACCAGCCACAGAGAUCUUCUCAGGAGGAAGAGGAAGCUCGUCGCAUCCAGGAACGAGCUGACGCCCAAGCCCGCAUCCAACAAGCACAAUCGGAAGCGAGAGGCGGUGCGCCGCCAAUGAAAAUCCGAGAGAACUAUGUGCCUCGGGCGGCGCAACGAGGCAAGCAAGCUGGCCAGACUGCCCUCUGCCCCAAUUGCAAACAGCAGAUUCCUAUCAAUGAGCUCGAAGCUCAUAUGCGGAUUGAACUUCUGGAUCCCAGAUGGAAAGAGCAAAAAGCGGCAGCAGAGUCACGGUACUCGGCGACUAUUACAGGUUCUGAAAUUGCCCAAAACCUCAAGCGUCUCGCGAGUCAACGAAACGAUGUGUUUGACCCUGCAACUGGUCAGGCCAUGUCCGAAGAAGAGUUGGCGAGGCGGAAGAAGGCAGCAUUAAACCCGGCCGAGGCGCAGCAGGAGAGCAAGCCGCAAGCGAUGAAUCCACAAACUGUCAAUGUCGAAGAGCAAAUCCGGGCUAUUCACCAGAAAUUUGCAGGCGACAGGAAGUAG